AUGACGGGCAGCUUUAGGAUUCAACUAAUCAAUAUGGGUACCAGAGGAGCAGCAUUUCAAGCGAAAUUGCGAUGCCUGCAUGAAUACCAUGUGCGCUUGCUAAGCAAUCAAGUUCCGGCACCUACCGGAUCGGACGUAGCUAACACCAUCAAAUACUUCUCGCAAACAUUAUUGACUGUUUUGAAGGAUGUUCCCUGUUCGCCGUUGGAAAUGAUCAAAGAUCCAUCUCUAGAUCAGAUACGAAUGUCAAGUUACCCCAAUUUAGAGUAUCAGAAUCUAUACAACGCAUUAACAAUGCUGUUGGAUGUGGCAUCUAACAUCCAGUCUGGGUUGUACCUUUUCGGGAAAGCGUUUCUUCAGUGUUUGGGAUGUAUACUACCGUUUUUGGAUCGUGAUCUCAUAGACAAUCUUCCUUAUCUUACUGCGUCAAGUAUAUCAGUUCUGCCACCAUCAUUGCACCAGGAUAUCAUAAACUAUCUCUGCUACUAUAUUCUUCCUUUUACCAUCACGCGACAAAGUGACGACGAUCAGGAAUGUCACGCGUGCCAGUCGGUAUCAGCCGUCAUUAUGCUGGUGUUUCAAUACUCCACUAACCCGGCCCACCAUUGCCAAUUACUCGAAUGUUUAAUGCGCUUGAAACACAACGUCGCCAAGGAUCUACUCUGCGUUAUCGGCUACGGGACAGCGAUGUCCCGUGCCUCCGCUGCCAAGCUGCUCUUCUACUACUGGCCUGCAUUCGAUCCGAACCUUUUCGAUCGUAAAGGAUUGUUGUGCAAGUUUACCAACGAUCUGGUGCCGUUCGUAUGCCAGCGAGAAUCGUGCCCUAAUGCAGGCAAUGCAGAAGCUGUCAAAGUCUGCUACGAUCACUGCAUUAGCAUUCUAUAUGCAUCUGACGCACCGCCACCGCUUUAUUUGUGCAUCGAGUGUGCUAACGAGAUCCAUCGCGAUCACCGGAAUCUAACCUUUGGCGAUAUUUUACACCCAAUGCAGCAAGUUUCUAUGGUGUGCGAGAACAAAAAUUGUCGUUCACAUGAAAAAUCGGCAGUAUCCAUUUGUUUUUCAAACGAAUGUGCCAGUUACAAUGGCAACCAUCCGAUUCGUUACUGUCUACAGUGCCAUGGGAAUCGUCACAACAGCCGUCGAGGUAUUGAUCACAUCGUUCAUCGAAGUUUGCCCCCGAUGAUGAUGAUGGAUGCCGAAAUGCAAACGUAUCUAGUAGAAUCAGUGAUCAGCCUCCUGCGCGAGGCAAAGCCACUAAACGCUGAUUUUCGUAAGGAUUCGGCAAGCUUAGAGGCUAAGGCUAAUGCAUCAACAAGCAACGGAGGAGAGCUGGCCGUGGACAUAUUGACGCUUGAAGAACGGCAACUGCUAGGUCGCUACGGCAUAUGGUUGCUGGUUGGCCGUUGCUCUCCAACAGUUGACACACCAGUAGAAAUUCUCGGCCGCUUACUUUCGAUGCUUUUUCACUGGUUCCACGUGACCGCCUACUCAUACGAUGGACAGACGGAAAGUACACUGGAGAAACUGAAGCAAGAUCAUAUUUGCAGCUGGUUAAAGGAAGUUCGAAUUAGUCACUAUAAAGAGUUCAUCGAUUGUCUUCUACCGCAUCCUCCCGAGUAUUCUCGCGUGGGAGGCCAUUGGGACUCGUUAGCGUCGCGUACGUCCCAUCUGAAGGAGGGCUUGCAACGCCUAAUAUGUCUGAUACCGUACGAGAUUAUUACGCAGGAAAUCUGGGACACGGUAAUGCCCCACUGGAUGGAAGCAAUUACGAACGAUGUACCAGAGAAGGAGUUAAGCGAGCUAAAGAUCGUACUGAACAAAAUUUUGGACGCAGAAAUGUCCCCACUGGGCUUCGACGCUAGAGCCAUGUAUAACUUCGUUGCAAUUCGCUUCGAAAAGACAACGGCAAAAGUACAACAGCAGGCAUUGUAUUGGUUGCAGAAUUUGACAAAAUUGGAAAUUGUCAUACCGUUAUCACAACUAUUUGCUAUGUUCGGAGAUGGCGUGCGGAUCAUGAAACACGGAGUUCAAGCCGAAAUCAACAAAAUAAAGGACCUUACUCGCGGUAGUUCCGGUGGCGGGAGCGGAAUAAAAUAUUCGAAAGAGAGAGACUUGCAACCCCCCAGACGGAGCUCUAUUUCUCCAGUGGUGGAAGACGAAUCGGGCAAUACAUCUGCCAUUUCAGACGAUGAGGUGCCUAUGAGCAAGUGUAUGGAAUUUUCGACCGAUGCCGAACAUAACCUAACUUGUUGUGUAUUAAUGUUGGAUAUAUUACUACGACAGAUGGAACUGCAGGAAAUAGAGACGCAUUCAGGCACCUACACCACUGUCGCAGAAAAUGUGUGCCGACUGUUGAAAUGUAUGGUAACUGCCGCUAAUGUCGGAAUGGGAAAUCAUAGCUGCAGGCUGAUGGAUUGUGCAUAUUGCGAAACGUCCGUUAUGUGGCAUCAGCUAUCGACUAAAUUGGUUCAAUAUCUUGCCCCAAUUCAUCCCGUCAAUCCACCCGAUCCCCCGUUGCAAACGGUCAUUGACGACGAAAAGUCUCGCAAAAGUCCACCUGAGCUGGAAAAGGAAGUAAAAUCAAACGAACGCGACAUGUCACUCUCGAUGGCACCAAUGCACAUACCGCUUGGACCAUUAGUCAUGCCUUCUAUUCUUGAUGAUGCCGGAAAAGUCAUUAUUAUGGCAGGUCCAGUUCCGGUAGCAGUUCCACAGCCGGAACCUCACUCGGUUGGUGGUGUAUUAGUACAUAUGCCGCAUGUUUGUUCUAUCAUGACCGCUACAGUAGAAACAGUAUCUGAGCAAUUAGACCUGGCAGCAAUAAUGCCUUCGGAAAAAGUAGUACCAGCCGUAGCCAGAUCGGUCACUCUAUCGGAAGCCGAUGUAGCAACUGCAACAGUGCAGAUUGCCAAGCCAACCGUUAUUGGUGAGAGUAGCUCCGAAGGAGGCGGUCUGGAUUCGGAAAACCUCGACGGUUCUCAUCCGUUUGAUGGAGACGAAGAGUUUUGGCAUACAUCGGUGGGAAAAUUCAAGUUCACGAUCGAUACGCUUCCCCAGUCGCUUCAGUUUAUCUAUCAGCUACUAAAGGAAAUUCCAAACAUCGACAAGGCGGACAUACUAUACUAUGUGCUGCAAUGCUUAAACGUAAUGGUACUCCACGGGGAUGCAUUCGUGAAGGCGGCCCGAGAUAAUCGUGGGUUCUUCAUUUGGUGCCAGGAAAACAUGCUUAUCAAAAACUUAUGGGAACUAUGCACCGCCGCACAGUCUCACAUAUGUCAAGUGACGGUGCCAACUUUGCUACACUGCAUCACGCUUCCAAUGGGGUCAGAUGUGUUCUGGAAAGUAGUACAAGAAGCCUUCCAUGAUGCGGACUGGAGAGUUCGAUUCGAAGCAGUGGAAAGAGUAACUGUCAUAACCCGUUUCAUGGACAGUACCCCGCUGAGAGCGGAGGUCAGCCUGCAAACGUCAUUAGCUACCGCCUUCUGCCAUCUAAUAGCGGCAUGCGAUGAUCUCAAUGUGCACGUGGCGCAGCGUGCUACUUUGUACCUCGGAACAAUCCACGAUUACGCGAUUCAAGCGCUGCUGUAUUGCCUCGAGAGCCAGUUUGAUAAAUUCAUCAUCGAUCGGCCUGUCGUGUUGCAGUCAAUAUACCAACUACACAACUCGCUGUCCGAUCGCAAAGUGCUCUCAUGGGAUUUCUUCCUCAAUCGCUUUGACACGUUGUUCGUGGAGGCGCAGGUCAAUCUGGAGCGUGCCGGAGAUAUUUCCUACUUACGCGACUUGCGGAACAGUGAGAACGGUAGUGAGAUUCUUUCCACGAAGAUAAACAAAGCGCGCGAAGCCUUAAGUCAGUCGGAUACCACCGGAAGCAUGUCGAAAACGUUAAGCGCAUCCUUCGGCACCAAGUGGCCGUACAAGCGUACGAUGUCCGCCCCCGCAACAAUCAUACCGCGUCAGGAAUCAAAAAUGGAAAAAGAAAAAGUCUACAGCCGCCAAGUGUCCGCGCCAAUAUUGAAGCGUAAAAGCUCUCGGUUUGGGUUAGAUGGACACGUUCAUUCGAUCAGCGGACCAAAUGAUGAUUUUCACAUGGGUAGUCUGUACCGGGUGAUCGAUCUCGAAGAAGCGGACAAGGAAACGAUCCACCUGCUUGUUUUUCUACUGAUGCAGUUCAUGUCUCGGCCCGACUUGGCUUAUCCGACGGAUGAGAAACCACUGUUCAAAAUUCAGUCCAUCGUGCUGCGGCACCUGUAUCUGCUGUUAGGGUACAAUCAGGGGGAAAAGUUCUUCCACGUGACGCCGGCCCGCCUGCGCUGCUCAUCCGUAUUCAACGCGUUUAUGGCCAAUCUUCCGCAGGUGCUUGAUCAAAACCAUCAAAUGGGCUGGCUGCUACUGCCGACCGUCAUUCAGCUGCUACUGUUCGCACCGAACCAAGCAAACGGUGGCUUCUUCCAAUCGGGGACAAGCGGUGGGGCCGAUCAAAAUCACCACAGCAAUGUGGUAACGUACAACUUUUCCAUCUGGUACCUGGAGCCCCACGUACGUCGAAACUGGUUGAUGUCGCUGCUGGUUAUUUUAUACAAGUACCAGUACAAUCAAGCUGCGAUGGCAGAUCAGGUGCAGAAUUUGAUACGGCUUGUCAUUAACUCACUAGACGCACAGUUUCACAAGUGUCGCCGUAUACCAACCACCAUUAUUAUGGAUUAUUCGACAACUCGUUUAAGAAACCAAAGUCAACCGUCUCUUGGUGCUACCUCAGAGCUAGCGGAUGACAAACGCACGAUCAUCGAUGCCAGUCCACCCUACAGCCCCCUUCAGGUGGCCUCGCUCUCGCAGUACGUUUGUGAAGAGGCUUCGAAGGGGCGUACUCCCAGAGGAAAGGUUACCAGCAAGAAUCGCAAACUUCUUGACGGCGAUGGAGACGAUACCGAAUCAGAACUUGUCGUCAUCCCAGAAAGCGAUGUUAGCGACAGCACAAUCCAGGAGAGUAGCGUGCAGGGAUCGCUCGAAGACACAGCAAGCAAUGAUGACGAUUCGAAUGCAUUAAAACCAGACGCGGGGUGCAAAGUCAAGGAAGGAUUAGCUAGUCUUAGUCGAACGAACUUAACCAUACUAUGUGGCGCCCCUAAAUUGACAAUGGGUGUACAUCAGCAGCAUCAGCAGGGAAAAUCUAAAAAAUCAUCGCGAUCCACCAGCGAGCCUACGGACUCUGUUGGCAGCAUUAUUGAUAAAAGCAAGUGCGAUCCGGAAAAGGUCCUCACUAGCGAUAAGACCGAAAAGCCAGAAAAAACUGGUAGUAACAUUUUCCGAAUACCGGCAGCAUUUCAAAUGGGAUCACAAAAAUGUUCGGUACAAGAAGGCGUUCGUAUGAUGGUUACGUCAUCGAUGCUUGGUCAGCCGAAAGCACAAGCAGUGCUGAAUCCGUUUGCCAAUGUUCAGAAAGCCAUCGUCGUUACGCAAAACACCAGCAGCGGCUGUAGUGUUUCUAAUGAACCCAAAGAAGCAGCACCAAAAGGUAACCAACUAUGCGAUGGUCGAGAGCCGACAGUAUUCAAGAAACAAGCAACUAUAACUGAUUGCAAAAGUUUCACUGAACCACCGAACGACGAUUCUGCAUGUGGUUCGCAAAGAUCAAAACCAUACUGCGAUCCCUCCAGAGUCCAUGAUCCCACGAAUGUUUCAGUCGCUGCAGAUCCUUAUGAGCGAAAAGAUAAGUUGUUUGAACAGCAAGUCGAAUCAUUGAAAACAUCUAGCCAUUGCAAGGCUAACAUACCAGCUAUGGUAACCAAAUCCUAUAUUCAGCAAUUACCAAUACCAACGCCAGAGCGUCUAUUGCCAAUCGGCCAGUUUGGUUCGGAAGGAGUUAGUACUCUUGUGGAACGACUACGCGACGGAUUAGCCUUAACAGAGGCAACUAGUUCAAACGUCACAACCGAUGAUGGAUCUGAUAGCGCUAACAGUUGCUGCCAUCUACGAGAUGUAUCAUCUUCGUCGCCAAGGAAGCUAAUGAAACAAAGUGCCCUGGAAUCUCCGCCGCAAGCAUUGGAUAAUGGCAACAGUUCCGGUGAUCUCGGUGGCGUUGUCGUUAGUAAUGUUAUUGCGCGACAUGAUGAAGAAAGUGAGCCGAUCAACGGUAGCACCAGCCGUGUCGGCAAUCAGUCUGCACAAAAGUAUACUAAACGGACGAAACUGUUCAGCGACAGCCAGAAGGAUACACGAGUGAAAUACGCUGGCUCGUGGGCGCCAGAAACUAGGGAUGAUGCAUCGGAAUUCGAAGAUCCAGAAAGCUCUUCAUGUCCCGAGAAGUCGAGCAGUCUUCGAAUAGGUGAUGAAUGCAUUUGUGACCGUUGCUCCGAAUGUGGGGCUAUCAAGGAGGAGUACACUGAUGAAGAAAUGGGUAUCAUGUUGAUAGCCCUUGGAACGUUCAUUCACCGAGAACCGUCUCUCGGGGCGCCGUUCUUACCAGAGAUUUUGACCAUCGUUUCAAGAAUUUCGUUGCAUCCUACUUUUCCGUGGCGCUGCGAAAGCCUCACUCAUUUGCCAGGCGGGUCACAAUCGGUAGCUCAUCAAUUUAUACGGUGUGUCUUGCACCAACUGGCUCCAAAUGGUGUUUUUUAUCAAGUAUUUCUGUCUCAAAAAGAUGAAACAACCCGCAAGCGGUUUUACCGCAGUGUGUCAAACAGUUUGAAUGAUUUUUCCGAGCUGAACCCAACCAGCCCCAUCCAAAUGCUCGCGGAAACUCUGAACGCCAAGAAAACGCUCCCGAUCGAUCUACUGCCUGUUAUCUUUCGAAACCUAGCCGAGUAUCUGCAGUGUGUUCCGAUAGACUGCAUAGCUGGCAGUGUAUGGUCACCAGUAAUUCAAGCAGUGGACAGUUUACUACGUCGCGUAAUACUGAUAUUGGGAAGCAUAAGCGGUUCGGAGCAUUUACUUGAUAUCAUGGUGGCCCUGUUGAAGGUGCCGCAACUAUCGAAGAAUAUAUUGGAACCCUUUUCGAAAAUAAUCAGCUACGCCAUACAAAACCUACAUUUGACACAAAAAGUGUUAGUCGAAAUAUGCAGUUUAAGCGGACGAGCCUUUGCGAAGGAACGCGACAAGCUGUACCUAGGACGUCAGAUAGUGUUUGACCUCGUGCAGGCAUUGAAAUUCAAAACCAACGUACCGGAUAGCAACUUGCUACUUCUGGUAGGAUUCCUGCUGCAAGACGCUGGAGGUAUUUUGCCACCGGGCAUCAUUGGAGACAUCUCCUGCGGGGACUCGCUCGUACACAUAAACUGCAACAUUUCAGAGUGUAUGCGGCAGCCCUACCUGAAUGAUAUACUCGAAUUUUUGGCCGAUUUUCAUACACUAAGUAAAAUAAAGAACUUGAAGGCAUCUAGUACCACACCUGGAUUAUGCGAAGAUACUAUCGGCGGAGUACUGAAAGGAGCGAUCGCGCAGUAUCUCGCACUAGAAAUGUCUCGUGGGAAUUCAAAGGAUAGUCGAACAGUUUCAAAGUAUUUACCUUGGUUGAACAAUGCUCCAUCAUCACUGCAACAAGGGCCAAAGGAAUUUACCGAAUGCGUUGGCCAUAUGCGAUUACUAUCCUGGUUGUUAAUGGGUUCGCUCAUGCACACGGCACUGGUCGUACGUCGUAUAGGCACCGGUACGGCGGCACCGCAUCAAACUCAUUUACGGAACAGUAUCCUCAUCAUACAACCCGUGCCACAAGAAGCCAGCUGUCACAUUGCUGAUCAUGUACAAGUGAUUUUUGCUGGGUUUGCCGAACAGUCAAAGACCUCGGUUCUACACAUGUCGUCCUUAUUUCACGCAUUCACUCUGUGCCAAUUAUGGACGGUUUAUCUGGAACAAGUGGCUAGUUUGGCUGCAAUUUCAUCCGAAGCGUACAACACGACGCUAAGUGUGCUGUUCGAGUUUUGGGCUAAGGUAACACCGUGCAUCUUGCAGCUGAUAUCCCACUCAAAGCUUUCCGAGAGUGUAAACUUACACUUUUUGGGUUUACUUGAGUCGCUGAAGGAAACCAGAUCUACCAUUUUGGCCAAAUUAUUGCCUCUUUGGACGCCCGUAUUGUCCUCGAAUACACAACUAUCAGGAACGCUUCACGUUCGUCUGCAAAACUGCCGUGAUGCUGUGCCAAAUGUUGAGGAGCAAGAUUUUCAUGCGUCAGAAGCACUGUUGAAGUGGUUGCAGCGCCUUCAAUUUAAAAUGGGACAGAUAGAGCUGCAAUCUUCUACGGCGACACAAUUUUACUCCAUUUAAAAACAAACGUUGACGUUACAUUUUAUAUCUGUUAUAACGUUGCAACAUACACGAUAUAACAAUAUUUGUUAUCUAUAGAGAAGCAUCAAUGAUAUAGCAGAUGCAUAUCAUCAAUGAUAUAACUUUCCCUGCUGAAAGUUUAGCACGAAGAACAACGUUUUAAUGUUAAACAGUGAAUUUGCAGCAGUUCGGCGUAAUGUGUAGGCUGCGUAUAAUUAGAAAAUAAUAACAGAUAACAACAAUAAACACUCAAAUACAUAUGAGGCAUGAAACAUUGUGAAUUAUACCUAAUAAAUUUAGAAUCUUUCAAAGUUAUUGGAGUAGGGAGGUUUAAGAGAACAUUUAGUAAAAAAAUGUUGAUGUGUGUAUUGAUACAGUGUUUAAAAUAAAAAAAAAACAAAAAUU